CAUCAGCCGAAGAAAAGACAUGAGGCUAUAACUGUUUCUGCUAGCAGGCAGGCGCAUUCAGUCGGAUACUUUCUUGAGUCGUCUGAAACUUCAGAAUCAAAACUCUGCAUGCAUUUAUUUCGUCUGGCAACAGGACGUUUUGCCAUGAUCUAGAAUCAGUCCAGCUGAAAUCUGGACGCGUCGAUCGUGAAGUGGCAAUCGCACGCCCUUUGAAACUAUGUAGAGAUGGAGUACAUGAAACUGAUUGGAAUUGUUUUGGCAGUUUGUUUACAUCCCAGCUGCGCAUCGAAAGCGAUCAGUGAUCAGAGGAUAUGCCGGAGAGGGACAGAAAAGCCCUGCUAUAAGAUCACAAGCUUCCAGGACAGCAGGCUCAGAGCAAGCUUUGAGGCAGCCAAACAGAAGUGCAGGGACGACGAUGGAGAGCUGCUCAGCAUUGAGACCGAGAAUGAGCAGCGUCUGGUAGAGAGGUUUGUUCAGGAGUUCAGGGCCACAGAUGGAGACUUCUGGAUAGGUCUACGAAGGAACCCACAGUACAAAGACUCGGUUGCAGAUUGUCCAUCACAGUUUUACUGGCUGGAUUACAGUCAGGCCACAUUCAGGAACUGGCUGGUGACUGAGCCCUCGUGCGGUCAUGAUCAAUGUGUGGCUUUGCUCUACCGACCCUCCUCUUCUGCUGGCCAGAGGGAGCACAAUCUGUUCAAGUGGACUGACAAUAACUGCAAUACCAAGAAUAAUUUCAUCUGCAAGUACUCAGAAGAGAAGCAUCCUGUUCCCACUCCAGAAGGAAAUUUCACAUCACACACAGGUCUUGAUCACUUGACUUUGGUUCCAAAGCACCCACCCAAUACAUUGGACAAUGACAGGAUGAAAACAGAUCUCUCAGAGUCAUCAGCCUUUCUGUCAGUUUCUCUUUCAGAUGACACAAUUAAUAUUUACUACAUCCUCCUUGCUACUUUACCUGUAAUGCUGCUAUUGAUAUCGGUGGUGUCAGGGGUGUUCUGUUUCAGAGUCAAGUCUAGGAGGAGAAAAGAACAGAAUGAAAUCUACGCCGUUCCAGGGCAGUGGCUGCGUACAGCAUCUCCAAAAAGUCUAAAUGAUUAUGAACGCGAUAAAUUCAAGCAGCCAGGAGCUCAUCUGGAGUACAUGAGCUCAGAAAUAGAUACAACAUUUAGUGUUACUUCCACCAACAGUCAAUUUGAGGACUAUGAGAAUGUUCAGAGCAGAAUUACACAGUGUGGUUUUGUCACUAAUGACAUUUAUGAGACCUGUCGGAACCCCUCAGCACUAGAGGCCGGAUGGGUGGACAAUGACAUCUAUGGAUACUAAAACACACUAUAGUAUAUACUGACUGGCAAGUGACCUCUCUACUAGUGUGGCUGGCUCUCCCACUAUGUUUGAUCUCCCAGUCUGUAUGCCCACUCUUUGAUGUGCACUAUGUGUGACAUGGUGUGAAGGACGGUAAAGGCCUGUGAGGCCCUGGGUUAACACAAGGGUGUACAGUGAAACUCGGAUUUCCAUAACUGACUAUACAAAGAAGCAUAAAGGUGUAAAUCGGCUUGUGGUAGUUUCCUCUGUGAAAGCUGGCAUCCUGGAACAGGAGCUACAAUUUGGAAAUUCACAAAACAGUGUCCUGACAUUUCAGCCCAUCUCAACAACAUCCUUCUAUAUCUCUGAGAAUGCCCUCUCCAAAGGAUACCUGCUUAUGUCCCCUUUUUUUAUUUAGAUGAAAGCUAUAUACUUGCUGUUUUUAGCUGGGCAACAGCCAAGCACUGACUAUUUGGGUGUUGUUGAUAUAGUCUGGGCUUCCUAAAAUUCUGUCAAGAUCCCUUUUUUUUUUUUUUUUAUCCAUUGUGUAAAAAAAUACAAUAACAAAGCAUAGUAGCAUAAUAAUUUGAGUGUACAGAACUGUAUUGUAGCAUAUUAAAAAUAAUGAUAUGUUUGAUAUAUUGUUAUGUUUGUCUUUGAUAUGAAAUGUCUUGUUCUUUAACAAUGUUAAAGUGAAGCUGCAAUGAACAUGUUUUAGUUUUGUGUUUCAUCUUUAUAACAUUAACAUGGAAUUUUAUUUGAUUGUAAUUUGCUUGUUAUAAUGAAUAAACAUUUUG